UUCAAAUAACGUUCAGUCAGUAAUUGAUUAUUGAAUGAGAGAUCAAUUUAUUUGAAAAGUUAUUUCACUGAACUAAUGGGUAAUCAAACGCCUGUUAUUCCCAACCAAUUGGAUUGUCAAGACAUCGAUCGACAAGUGAAAGAAAUAAUGGACGAUCUCUUGGACACCAUAUCAAUGGAUGAAACGAAACUAAAUUUAAGUAUAAUAUCUGAAGACACGAUUGGAGAGUCUAUGGGAGACAUUACACAACAAAGCAUUGCUAAUAUGGAUGAGACCUACUAUGAAGCGGAACAGUCUUUCCAUUGCCUCCCAAAGACCGACUGUCCGGACAGUAGUUCCCCUCCGAGUCGGUCCCCAAUCAGUGAACUCACGCUUGACUGCCAACCAAACGAUGAGCCAAAUCGGUGUCAAACAGAUGAUGAAAAUGAG